CGCAGGCGCCUUUAACUCCUAGCGCCUCCGCCCCUUAGAAACCCUCCCGCAUCUUGGGGCGGCAGCAAUAGCCAAUGAGAGAAGAGCGGUGGACACGAGGGCCAAUAGGCGGUGGCGACAGUGCAGAGUGUGGUUGCCAGGGGGCGGGGCCCGGAUGCCUGCCAGGCUUGCCACCCUAGCAGCGGAGUCGGGGAUUGUGGACGUGGUCGCCACUUCCUGAGCUGCGGAGAUGGAGGCAUCGCGCUGCCGACUCGGACCCCGCGGGGACAGUGCCUUUGAAGAUGAGACAAUGAAGCUUCGACAGCUGAAACUAGAUAAUCAGAGAGCGCUGCUGGAGAAGAAGCAGAGAAAAAAGCGCCUUGAGCCACUCAUGGUACAGCCAAAUCCAGAAGCAAGGCUACGUCGAUCAAAGCCAAGAGGUAGCGAGGAGCAAACUCCUUUGGUGGAACCUCAUACCCCACAGAAUGAUGUCAUCCUACAUGGCAUUGAUGGUCCAGCUGCCUUUUUGAAGCCAGAUGCUCAAGAUUUGGAAACCAAACUUCAUGUUCUUUCAGUAGGCUCUUCUGCUACAGAAGAGGAUACCGAAGGAAGUGUUGAUGGGGAAAGCACUGUGGAUACUGCGCCCAAGCCAGAUCUCCAGGAGAUUCUCCAAAAACAUGAUAUGAUCCAUAAACAAACAAGAAACAAAACAAGAAAGACUACCAGUAUCUCCUCUUUGAACUCAUAUAAAUGUAUCUCAGGUAGUUUGAACUUUGAUGAAGAGGAGACUGAUGGGGAAGAAGAAGGAAAGAAAUUAUGUCAUUCGCCAUAUUCAGAUGCAGAGAGACCCAGUUCUGCAUCCAGCCAGAAAUCAACCACAGAUACAGGAGCUUAUGGUACUGCAGCCCAACAAAGUGAUAACCAGCUGGGAGAAGUGGAGAAUUUGGAGGACUUUGCAUAUAGUCCUGCCCCUCGGGGUAUUACAGUAAAGUGUCGGAUAACCAGGGAUAAAAAAGGAAUGGAUCGGGGUCUCUUCCCCACUUACUAUAUGCACUUGGAAAAAGAUGAAAAUCGGAAGAUAUUUCUUCUUGCAGGUAGAAAGCGGAAAAAGAGCAAAACAUCCAACUAUCUUAUCUCCACUGAUCCAACAGAUUUAUCUCGUGAAGGGGAAAGUUACAUUGGCAAACUCAGAUCCAACCUCAUGGGGACCAAGUUUACAGUUUACGAUCACGGUGUCAGCCCAGCCAAGGCCCAGGGUCUGGUAGAGAAGGCCUAUACCCGGCAGGAGCUGGCAGCCAUCUGUUACGAAACAAAUGUACUUGGAUUUAAAGGUCCUAGGAAAAUGUCUGUGAUCAUUCCAGGAAUGAAUAUGAAUCAUGAACGGAUCCCAUUUCGGCCACGAAAUGACCACGAGAGCUUGCUUUCCAAAUGGCAGAACAAAACCAUGGAAAACUUGAUUGAACUGCACAACAAGUCCCCAGUCUGGAAUGACGACACACAGUCUUAUGUCCUGAACUUCCACGGCCGGGUCACUCAGGCAUCUGUGAAGAACUUUCAGAUAGUCCACGAGAAUGACCCUGACUACAUAGUCAUGCAGUUUGGACGUGUGGCAGACGAUGUGUUCACCCUGGACUACAACUACCCACUGUGUGCACUUCAGGCCUUUGCCAUUGGACUUUCCAGCUUUGACAGCAAGCUAGCAUGUGAAUAAGAGAAAGAAAAAGGGCUGAGUUUUCUCACUCACA